AUGCACGCCGUCGCCGCCCUCUGCCAUUUUUGCGAGAAUCAUGGUCCGCGAGUCGUCAUGACGUGUCAACCGUUGAGAGAUUUCGAUGCUGUUGACGAUAUUUUGUCGUGUCCGUCGUCGUCGAUGUCGCCGUCGACAAGCUCCGCCCCUCAAGGACCCGUCAUACCGGUUGAUCGACUCGAAAUCGAUGAAGAAAUGCUUCGAGGCGACCGUUCGAUGUUGCUCAAUUCGACGAAUCAUCUAGGAUUCCCCCAUUAUGGCAAUUGUGUUCGAAACACCGAAGAUUCGGAAGAUCGGUGCAAUGCGUGUUCCUCAUUCGGUGAUGGUCCGUGUCUGUUAUCGAAUGAUCAUCCAAAUAAGACGAGUUAUAUUUCAUCCGAGGUAGCACUUCAAGAACGGGUUUAUGAGCGGGUUCGAAACGCGUGCCUUCGCUCGCUUAGCUGCGAAAUCUCGACGGGACCACGAAAAUCGAGCUCGUUGCCGACGUCGCCGUCGCAACGCCAUCAGACGACGUUGAACGAAGCGACGGCGUCGUCGCGAAUAGCGCAAAAAUCGUCGGCGAUCACCAUUUCGAGUCCAAACGGCCAGCAUAAUCAAUCGAUUGACGUCAAUGAGCUCGAAUUAAAUGGCGAAGAAGCCGAUGGUUGUGUGACGUUUGGCGACGCCGACAACGGAUUCUGUUUUUCCUACACGUUUCGAUUGGCCGAUGCGAAAGCGCGCGGUUUCAUGCGGUUAUUCUCAUUGAUUGUCGUCAGCAACGAUUUGACAUUUCUCACCAACAAUUAUUAUUAUUUCAAAAAUUCGCUGGGCGCAAUUAAGACGAAAUUGCAGUCAUUGGCGGCGUCGACGUAUGAGAGGGAAAUUCAAGAGAUUGACCAGAACGGCGACGAUGGAAUCAUGCGGCCCGAAUACGCGAGUAUGGUCGGACGAAUGCCGAGAUGGUUCAAGAGGAAGAUCGCAAUCGAUACUGAUCGAAAUUUGUCGACGAUUACAAGCUGUCGCGACAUUUGGAGUAUUCUUCAUAGGCAAUUGAUGUGGGCUUUGAGAUCGCCGACGCUGACUUGCAGAGAUCAGGUGAUGGAGGGAAAACCGACGCAGGACAUGAUGGUGCUCAUGGAGCUCGAUGAGUCGGCGAUUGUUGAAUUGGAGCUUCACCAUCCGAAUCAGUAUGCGGUACGCUUUUUUCUUGUUUUAUUGGUUCGCAUUUUUUUCGCGCCCCGAUUUUAUGACGUCAUCAUCAUCAUCAACAUCAUGUCGCCGGCAAUGGACAUGCCAUAUUAUUUCCAAUACUCGUACUAUUACUCAUAUUGUUGUAAAUCGCCGAACUCGAAUUCGUCGACGACGCGACACGAGAGGUGUUCGCGACGACGUCGGCGUUCGCCGCUUGCCGAAAUGGGAACGGCGGCGGCGGCGUCGCGACGACGACGUCAACAAGCCGGCCAGCAAGAGCGGGCCGACGUCGCCGUCGGCGAAUCGCCGAUCGAUUAUGAUGAGGCGGCGGCGAGUCGGCCGAUGACCGCCUCGCCGACGAUUCGCUGUCGCCAAACCGGCGUUCGGAUACGGACGAACGGCGCCGAGCCGCGUGUCUAUCAUGAUUAUGAGAAAUGGGAUUUCAAGGUGUCGAUGAAUCAGCUGGCGAAUCUCAAAUGGAUUGCCUCGCAAUUGGAGGCGAGCAACGAGGGCUCGGAUUUGGAUUUGCUCAUACGACACAUUGUCACCGGUGGUCAGAUUGUCGCGAUUGCGAAAGAGCGCCAAUUGAGCCGUCAAUUUUUGUUGGCCGUCUCGAAUUUGUUGCCGAUCGGUUGCCUCAAACUCGCCACCUACAAGGAGCACUAUUUGCCCGAAUAUAGUACACGAUUCAAUCUGAUCGGCGGACCAUUGGAGAUCGACGUGCCGCUCGAGGUGUCGGACGUGAUGAUCAUUCGAAUCACACCGCGCGGUUCGAUGGAGAACAUCUCGUUGCGCGACUGCAUCAUCGACGUUCGUCGGCGGCCCGAGAAGGACGAGCGCGGUCAGCGGCCGCAGAUAGUGAAGCGCUUUCGCGAUUUGCUGCUCGAUCCGAUCGUCAACGACACGGUGCUCGAGACGACGCUGCGGACGACGCGCGAGACGUGGAUGAGCAAAGCGAAAAUUUGCUAUCAGAUGCGCAAUCAGCCGAAUCAGACGGACGCGUUCAAGUUGAUCAAUGGUGUCACGAUGGAUGAUCGCCAAGUGGUGUUGUUUUGGCAAGCGGGCCUCUCGAAUGCCUACAAGAAUCACGUGCUGUCGACAAUCGACGACGACGACGGCAACGUGAUCGAUGAGGACGAUGAAGCCGAAGAAGAAGACGACGACGAUGAUACUUCAAACGAAGAGAAUCACUAG